UAAAUCAUUGUGGUCUCUAUGCAUUCAGUUUAGGGGCCUGUGAGUUUUUCUACAACCGGACUCGACCCAGGUCCGGCCAGAUUUGGGUCCGAGUUCCUAUCCGGUUUUAAUUUCAGACCGAUUUGCAUUCAGCUUCGAAUCUGAAUAGAACUAUGUGAGGGACGACAAAAAGAAAUAACUUUAUAUUGACUUUUUCUUUGAGUGUAACAAAUAAAUAACUAUAAUAUUGAUCCUGUGUUUAGUCAUGCACACAAAAAGUACCAAAUAUUAGUGGAAAAAAAGCUCGGAUUUGAACCCGACUGGAUCCUUGUCAAAAAAAAACUGGAUCUACAGAUCUUUAAUUCAAUUUCUUCGUCAUAUUGCUCAUCAACAUCUAUAGAUGAAUGUUUAUUACAGCGAAUUUUUUUUGAAAAUAAAACAAUGUAACUUCUCGAUUCUUUGGUCUUUACUCAAUUAGAAUCGAACUCGUUCUCUCUCGUAAAUACUAGUCUAGAAAAGUUAAAAUAUUUUUAAACAUCGAAAUUACUAAAAGCAAAAGUUUGGAUUCAGACAUGAUCUGAUGUGCAGUGUUCAAAUCGAUACAAAGAGCUUUUCUCGGAACUCAUUUUUCGACUUGAUCUAGGCGUGCGCGAAUCAUAUGAAUUGUACAACAAUAGAACACAAUAGAUUACAAAUAUAAAGACUUCAAUUCCGAAUCUGUCAUAUUUCUCUUCACGCGUCAACAUGAAACAUAUGUUCGUUUUAUGUAGAGCUCUCAUUAACAACUUUUUAACUCUAUAACUAUUUAUGCCGUCUUUAAAAAAUUUCAUUUCAACAAAAUUUGAAAUAAAAUGUAUUGAUAAAAAUAUAAGAUUAUAUUAUAUAUUUUAGUGUUUUGAUUGAUUAUCAUAACAAUUUAUUAGACUUAUUAGAAAAAGAAACGACCACGAAUGAAGAAACAAAUGCUAUUAAUUUACUAAAGAAUUUAAUCAAAGAAUUAUCGUCAAGAGAAAUAUCCAUUUUACAAGUUAUACACCAAACUACUGGUGUUAUUACACUUAGUAAUAACGACUGUCUCUCGAUUGAACGAUUAGCUCGAGCAAGUCUUCAAAUUGGGGAAGAAUACUUUUCUCAAUGGAAUACAAAAUUUACUUUUAAUUUUCUUUAUGUUCAAUCAUAUAUUAUUCGUACAUACUUACUUUUCUGUCCAAUUAAUUAUAGUCAUAUUCAUCGACGUUAUCAAUGUUAUACACAACGACAAAUAAUAUCUGAUAUAGAUAAAACAAUGUCGAAUAACGAUGAUGAUACUUCAAAGAUAUCUAAUGACCCACGAUUUGAUUAUUUAAAACAAAUGUCAUUAGGUAAACUUUACAAUGGAUAUAAUCUUCUUCGACAAAUAACCAAAAUGUUAAGCCAUUCUGAUCAUGAAUCAACAGAUGUAAAUCUUUAUGAAUUUACAAAUUCAACUGAUCGGGAUAAUCAACUAUAUGAACAAUUAGAAAAAUAUGAAAUACAAAAUUUUGAAUUAAGAUAUAUUAGUGAUGUAUGCCGACGGUAUGAAAAAUUAAUCGGUAAUUUUCAAUAUUCACUUAUAAGUGUUUCACAUUUGCUUUGUAUUCCGAUUGAUAAUGAAACGAAUAAUCAAUUAGAUGAAAUAUUAGACACAACAUUAAUUAAAGCCUAUUACGAUAGUACAACCAACCAAUUACAAUCAACAGUACGAACAAUAACAGAAUUUUUAAAUGCAUUAAAUGAAAUCGAAGAUACUCUACUACAACAAUCUUCUCAAUCAUUAACACAAAUAUGUGAAUACUUAAGUAUUGAAAAUGCUUUUGUUUCACUAAUACCAAGUGAAAUAAAAUGUGAAAAUUAUGUUCCACUUGCAAUUAAAUUAAUUGAAAUAAGAUCUAAAUUACAAGAAAAAACAAUUGAUAUCGAAGAACAAAAUGAAGAAAAAUGGAAUAAUAAUUUUCAUCAUCAACCAAACGAACAAGAAGAUACAAAAAAUGUUUUUCAACAAUAUUUUAAAAAAGAUAAUAAUAUUACAGAGAGUUCUGAACAUAAAGAUUCAUUUGAUCAUAAUGAAACGAACAGUGAUAAUACAAAAAUUAACACACAACUUUUUCAACAAUCAAAUGAACAAAAUAUAAACGAUGAUGAAACAACAUUUAAUUUGAAUAUGGGUGAUACACUGUCCAGUCAUUUGUUACAUGUAGAUUCUAACGAUAGAGAAGAUGAGCAUGUCGAAGAAGAUAAUACUUCUAGAUUCAAAUUAACUCUAGAUGAAAAUUCAAUCGAUGAUCUGUCACGUUCAACUUCCCGAGAUGAAGAGAUUCAGCAUGAAACAGAAAAUCAUGCUAUCAUAUCGAUAUCAGAAAUAGAUAGAGACUUUUCUGAUGAGCAGCAGAAUUCACAACCAAUCAUUGACACUAGUCCACUUGAUAUAAACUAUAAAACGUCAAACACUGAAUCAAUUUUGUCUUUAGUACAAGAAACUAUUGAAUAUAAAUCUUUGUUUGAAUUAAAUAUCAAAUC